UAAAUGAACGGUGUUAAAGAUUUUUAUUAAAUUGAUUUUUCUAAGUGAUUUUUAAAAUUAUUAUAUAAAAUUUUGUUAAAUAUUUAGUUUUUAAUUACUUUGCUUUAAAUAUGAAACGGAAUUUUACGAAAGUGGACCGUGUAGCUCAGAUGACUAUGCAAGAGGAGCUCAUCGCAAAAAAGAAGCAAGAAAUAUUAGAAAAACAGCGAACAAAAGAAAUAGGAAAACAAAUAGCUGCAGCACAAAAGAAUGUUGCCACAAAUUUAGAUUCUGCAAACAAGGAAGCAUCCGAAAAUGAACAAAAAUCUAGUAAUGAAUCAGAAACCAAACCUGUAUCUAACGUACAUCCGUUGAUUGCAGCAGCCAAUAUUCCAAAGCUACAAAAUAAUUUUUGCAAUGAUGGAUCAUUUUUUGAAUAUUAUAAAAAAAUAAUUGAACAAACAAAAAAGGAGGAAGAAGCGAAAAAGCAGGCUGAAGUAAAAUUAAAGACAGAACUAAAUAUAGUAGAUGAAGAUGCAAAGCCUGAAGCAGAACCGCAGGUUUCUUCAGAAGGAGGUUAUGAGAUGAAUGAAGACGAUGUUCAAAAUGAAACUCAAAAUCCUUUAGAAACACCAGAUUUAAAUUCGGGGGAUAAUGGAGAUGAAAAUAAAGCAACUGAAACUAAUAACAUAAAGCUUGAAGAAGAACAACAAAAUCAAAUUGACGAUAUUAAGACUGAACCCAUCGACAAAAUAAACGUUACACAGCAUGAGCCUCCUGUUUGCAAUAUAAAUUCAGGAAAUAUUAGUUCGAAUGCACCAGUUGUUCCGACACCAACACCGUAUAAUGAUGCUCUAAAACAAUAUAAAAUGAAAACAGAAAAUCAACUUUUUAAUCAAAGUUUUCAACCUAAUGCUAAUCCCCCACCAAUAGCUGUUGCAACAAGGCCAAGUUAUUUGCAAGGGCCAUACGCUACUCAGUUAACUAGUCAACCUAAUACUAUGCCAAUACAUAUUCCACAAACUUUCAGUAUAGCCCCAAAUGCAACAUUUAACUUAAAUCUUCCUCCUCCAAUGAUUAACUUCGCAAUUCAACAACCUACGCCACCACCACCUCCUCCGCCAAUGCCAGUUAUUUUACCAUUACCACAACCUGCGCCUAACUUAUUUCCGAAUUCCUAUUCAAAUCCUUCAAUUUUUUUAAUGCAACAUCAAACACCGCCACAAAUUUCAAUUCCCUAUCAACAACAAGCUCAACCAAUGCAAUUGCCACAACAACAACCACCACCUGUUUCUAUGUUACAAACAGCCCCACCACCACAAGUUACGCAAGUAUUGCAAGGGCCUGUUACUCAAACUACAAUUACUCAACAAAAUAGUAUAAAUGAAAUACCUUCAAGAGCUUCUCCUGUAGCACAAGUACUUCCACAGUUUCAACACAUAGAGAAACAAGAACUUAGCCCUAUGAUAAAUGAAGAUUCUGAAGAAAAAUUAUCUAUGAGUGAAACUGAAGACCAAAAAGAUAUUUCGAAAAUAGAAUCAACUUCUGAAGGACGUAGCAGAUCAAGUAGAUCAAACACAAACAGUCCUCUUUCUGAAAAGGAUGUUAAAGACACAGUUUUUUCAGAAGACUCCAAACGAGUUGAUCAAACAAAGAGUUUAUUACCAACGUCUUUACAAUCAUGUAUCGAUAUGGUAGCCGAAAAUGGCGACGCAUUUGAAGAUUUUAUACGUAGUAAAAAAGAUGAAGUUCAUUCGUCAUUGUGGUUUUUGUUUGACUUGGAAUCCGAUGAAUAUGGUAUCUAUCGUCAAAGUGUUUUAAAGAUACGAGAAGAAGUUCGAAAUCGGAAACGAAAUGCGAUUUACAAAUCAAAUGAUGAAAAAUAUGAUCCAGAAUCUGUAUGUGAUGAUGGGGCUGAUAAUGAUUCUGACGAUGAAUAUAUGAAAGGAAUGUUAAAUCGGAAUACCAAUAAUUUAAAACGCAGAAUUGAAACUAGGGUUGAAUUUGAAGAAGAAGAGCGACGACAAGCUGAAGAAGAACGACAAAAGAAACGGAAAAGUCGUUGGGGUGAAAAAAUAGAAUCUACUGAUGUCCCAACAGUGACAGCAAUUGUUCAAACAUCGUUUGGUAAUCAACAUAAACCGAUACUUAAUAGUAUACAACGUACAGACCCUGCUUUAUUGCAAUAUGCAAAAUUAAAUUAUGGUGGUACGAAUUUAAGUGAAGAAGAUUGGAAAAAAUGUGAAGAACAUUUCAAAGUAAACUUAUUAUAUCAAGAUAUGAUGAGAAAACGUCGUGAAAUCGAUCAAUUAGCUAAAAGUGGUAAGUUUAAGUAUGAAUAUGAUUCUGACGAAGAUACCGAAGGCGGAACAUGGGAACAUAAAUUACGAAUGGCAGAAAUGGAAGCUACAAAUGCUUGGGCACAAGCUUUAACUAAACAGUCCGAAGGUAAACAUCAUAUUGGUGAUUUUCUACCUCCAGAAGAAUUAAAAAAAUUUAUGGAACAAUAUGAAGCAAAAAAAAAUAAUAGACAACCAGAUUUAAGUGAUUAUAAGGAAUUUAAAUUAAAGGAAGAUAAUAAGGGUUUUCAAAUGCUGCAAAAAUUAGGAUGGCAGGAAGGGCAAGGAUUAGGAGCUGGUGGCGAUGGCAUUGUUGACCCGAUUAAUAAAGCCACCCAAAGAGAAGCAAAUCAAGGCCUUGGUGCUAAUAGCGUUUCAACACCUGAUGAUGGAGAUAACGAAUAUGAAGCUUAUCGAAAAAGAAUGAUGUUAGCAUAUCGUUUUAGACCUAAUCCAUUGAAUAAUCCAAGGCGAGCUUAUUAUUAAAUGUAAAAAAUGGAACCGUAACUAUAAUUUAUUUCAAAUGCUUUUAUGACUUCCUCUUAUAAAAUUGUUUACAAUUGUUUAAUAUAUUUGAGCCAAUAAAAAUAGGAUGUUAAAUAUACGAUAAAUGUUUAAUAUCAUAA